AUGGAGUUAGGGGGCUGCAGGGUUGCAUUUGAGAAAGAUGGGGUCUAUUUACACACCAGUGCAAAGCGGCAUCCUGACCAAGAUUCCCUCAUACCAGGAGUUAUCCGCAUCAUUGAGAAGGGCUCAGAUACUUUACUACAAUGGACCCCUGUGGACGAAUCUUCAGAUACUGCUCAAAUCAUGUACACCAAAAAGGAUACCAUUGGCUCCCAAGCCGAGGAAGAACACUUUGAUCCAGGAUAUGAACCAGACUGGGCUGUAAUCAGUACAGUGGGGACGAGGUCUCGGGUCCAGGAGGAAACAGCUGUUUCUGGGCCAAAAUCUCCAGUCCCUCGAGGUCAGUGGGCCUUCUCUCUCAGCUUGUCUGAGCUGAAAUCCAUCCGUAAGAGUAAGCCAGGCCUCGGUUGGUCGUAUCUCAUCUUCAUCACCAAAGAAGGCAUUUCCAUUCAAGCUCUGCAUUUUCACCGUGGAGGCACAAAGGCCCUUCUCAAAGCUCUUUGCAAAUACGUUAUAUUAGCCACCUCUCCCAAAGAUUCUCGGCUCUACCUGGUUUAUAUACAUGAUUCAGACGCCCUUUCUCAUUCCUUUGAUGAGCUUCAACUCUUUGAUGACAGUUCAUCAAAUCUAGUAUCGUGAUUCCUGCAGGAUCCUUAUGCUGCCACCUUUGGUGGCUUCUCCAAAGUUACCAAUUUCUUCCGUGGAGCUCUGCACCAGGAAGAUGGACUCGCCCACCAUUCCCAUAGUGACUCAGCGGCUGCCAAUGUGGAGGAAGAGACGGGCUUUGAAGUCAUCACCUGUCAGGCACAACUAGGAGAAUGGCCUUCUGUUCAAAGGGAAACCCCUGUUACGGAACAGGAAUGGGAACAGCAUCUGGAUCCUGAUGGACGUGUACUGGAUCCCAAUGGGUUGCGGAAGAGGAUCUUUGCUGGGGGUCUCAGCAUGUCAUUACGUAAGGAAGUGUGGAAGUAUCUUUUGAACUAUUAUUCCUGGGGCAACACCAGCGAGGAGAACAAGGCGCAAGUGAGACGGAAAACAGACGAAUACUUCCGCAUGAAGUUACAAUGGAAGUCGGUCAGCGAGGAACAGGAGCUGCGGAACUUUUUACUGCGGGGUUAUCGCAGCCUUAUCGAAAGAGAUGUCAGCCGCACAGAUAGAAACAACAAAUUCUAUGAGGGCAAUGAGAAUCCAGGACUGGUACUGUUGAAUGAUGUGCUGAUGACAUACUGCAUGUACAACUUUGAUCUAGGGUACGUACAAGGUAUGAGUGAUCUCCUGUCCCCCAUUCUCUAGAUCACCCAGAAUGAAGUCGACGCCUUCUGGUGCUUCUGUGGUUUCAUGGAACUGGUGCAUCACAAUUUUGAAGAAAGCCAGGAGUCCAUGAAACGCCAGCUUUCCCAGCUCACCUUGCUUCUUAGAGUGCUGGAUCCCCCACUCUGUGACUUCCUAGACUCGAAGGAGUCUGGCACCUUAUGUUUCUGUUUCCGAUGGAUCUUGAUCUGGUUCAAGAGAGAAUUUUCCUUCUCUGAAAUUCUUCAGCUUUGGGAGGUAUUAUGGACGGAAUUACCUUGCCCCAAUUUCCAUCUGCUGGUGGCUUGUGGCAUUCUGGAUGCAGAGAGACAGGCUCUUAUGAACUCUGGUUUUGGCUUUAACGAAAUCCUCAAGCAUAUUAAUGAACUUACCAUGAAGAUGAGCGUGGAAGACAUCUUAUGCCGGGCUGAGGCAAUCUACAGGCAGUUGGUUUCUACUCCAGAUCUACCACGUAAUGUGCAAGAACUGCUGGGCCUUUCCAAGAGCAAAUCCCCCACCUCCAGCACUGACACAGCCAGCUCCCCACAGCCACUGUCGCCCAGUCAGGUGCAGGAAAUGGACUUGACUGACAGCAUUUCCCCAAGCCAGCCGGACAGCAGCAUCGAAAUCCUGCCUGUGGAGGAUGCCUCCACCUCUCAGAGCCUGUCUCCGUGAAAAGCUCACAUCGCCACAACCAUCUUCUUAACACAAGCACUUUAAUCAGAGCAGGGGGUGGGCUAGGAGGGAGGCAGGUCAGGGGGCCUUGCAAAGUUAUUUUCUUUCUAGAGUCCA